AUGGACUGCGGAACAAAAGGAAGUCAAGAGUUGUCCAGACGACGAGAACCAACGGACGCAAACUUAGCAUCAUCAAGGAGGCGACGAGACCACUUGAUACCUUCUCAUCAGGACUGUUUGAGUUUCCUCGAGGAUAACAUAUUUUCUAAGAGCUUAUUACUGAUACCAAUCCAUUUGGGGAAUCAUUGGUGUUUGUGUUCUGUAAAUGUACUGGAAACAACUAUUAAAUAUUUUGAUAGUUUAGGGAAAAAAAAUCAUGAGUGCUUAAAUGUAGGUAUUGAUAUUCCCCUCCAAAAUAAUUUAAAUGAUUGUGGAGUAUUCAUAUGUACAUACGGAGAAUGCUUGUCAAGAAAUUCAAGGUUAAAUUUUUCGCCGAAAGAUAUGGUUUUCAUAAGGCUCAGAACAUUGACUGAUAUCUUAACAGGUCAAUUGAGUUAUUCGGAUGAAUUCGCGGUUAAUAAUCCCCCUGUAAGUUAUUAUUAAUAAAUUUUAGAUUAUUUACAGAAAA